AGAAGAAGAAGAAGAAGAAGAAGAGACGUUUGCGCUCUCCCUCGUCGCUGAGCGGUGCUACAAGCUAGCGUUUUCAUGACUGCUGUGGAGCUUGUCAGGUGACUGACUGUCUCGUUGUGUCCUAGUAUGAUCAACUUUCCCGUAUACUAACUGCAGCAGUCAACCAAGUAACACGCGCAAUGGCACUACGGGACGAACUUUUAAAGUCCAUAUGGCAUGCUUUCACAGCGUUGGACGUGGACAAAAGCGGGAAAGUGUCCAAGUCGCAGUUAAAGGUGCUCUCUCAUAACUUGUGCACUGUGAUGAGGAUCCCCCAUGACCCGGUGGCCCUUGAGGAGCACUUCAAAGAUGACGACGAAGGCCCCGUCUCUACACAGGGCUACAUGCCCUACUUGAACAAGUUCAUUUUGGACAAGGUCCAGGACAACUUUAAUCGGCAGGACUUUAACAGAAUGUGCUGGACCCUGUGUGCCCGGAAGAACCUCAACAGAACACACCUCCUCAUCUCAGAUGAAGACGCCUUCAAGAUCUGGUGCAUCUUCAACUUACUGUCUGAAGACAAAUACCCACUGGCCAUAGUCACUGAGGAGAUCGAGUACUUCCUGCGCAAGCUGACGGAGGCCAUGGGAGGCAGCUGGGUGGAGGAGCGCUUCGAGGACUACAAGCUUGAGCUUAGCACCAAGCAGCAGCACCUGAGUGCCUGGGAGAUAAUCACCCUGGUGGGCACUGGCACUUUCAGCAAGGGCAUGGACCGCCAGACCCUCUCUAUGGGCAUCACCGAGGUCUUCCACGAGCUCAUCCUUGACGUAUUCAAACAGGGCUACAUGAUGAAAAAGGGUCACAAGAGAAAGAACUGGACAGAACGCUGGUUCCUCCUGAGGCCCAACUCCAUAUCCUACUACGUGAGCGAGGACCUGGCAGAGAAGAAGGGUGACAUCCUGCUGGAUGGAAACUGCUGUGUGGAGGCAAGGAACACUGAACGACAUCAACAAACACAAACAACAACAUCGUUACCGGAUAAGGAAGGGAAGAAGUGUCUGUUCUACGUCAAAUGCUCCGACAAAAGCUAUGAGAUCAGUGCGUCGGAUAAGAAGAGGAAACAGGAAUGGAUACAGGCCAUCCAGACGUGUAUCAGUCUGCUGAAGCUGGGCCGGCCGGCGCCGCACCGCGAGUCCCGCCAGAAGCGGAGGGAGCUGAGGCAGAAACAGCAAGCGGAGCAGGAGGAGCUGGAGCUCAGGAUGAGGGAGCUGCAGACGGCCAACGAGAACAAGCAGCAGGAACUGGAGGCCAUGAGGAAGAAACUGGAGGAGGCGGCGGCCAACGCGGCAGAGGAGGAGAGGAGACUCCUGCAGACUCAGACUGAACAACAGGAUCGCUACAGGGAGGACCUUGAGAGGGAGAAAAUGGUGCGACAGGAGAUGGAGGAGCAGGUAGCUCAGAAGUCCACUGAGCUGGAGCAGUACCUGCAGCGCGUCCGCGAGCUGGAGGACAUGUACCACCGCCUGGAGGACGCCCUGGAGGAGGAGAGAGGCGCCAGGCAGGACGAGGAGACGGUUCGCAGGCUCCAGGCCCGGUUACUGGAGGAGGAGGCGACCAAGAGGGCUGAGCUGGAGCAGAUCCACCUCCACCAGCAGAGGACCAUCUCUGAGACGGAGGCGGAGAAACAGGAGCUUGAGAAGGAGGGAACGGCCAAGGAAAGUGCCCUGCAGGCCGCCAUGCUGCAGUUGGAGCAACUAGAGAGUGAGAGGCAGGGGGCACUGGAGCAGUACCAGGACGUAAUGCAGAAACUGGAGGACGCAGCGAACAACACAAGGACCUGGAAACAUAAAGUGGCCCACCAUGAGGGAUUGGUCCGCCUCAUUCAACCAGGUUCAAAGGGGCCUCAGAAGAUCACUAACUGGGGCCCAGCAGCCUUCACUGACGCAGAACUAAGCCUGAGGAAGAAAGAUUGGCAGGAGAGGAAGAACCGACCCGCCCAGACCCAGUAGAGCCCCCAUUCAACACACUCAUGGUUGCUGAAACAUUGAUGGAACAUUGAUGCAACUUUGCCCUCAGUGUGCAAUGUUGCGUCUUCAGCAUUCAUUAACUCAAAAGGGAACAGGCAGGCUCGCUUUUACACAGAUACCAGGGUUGUGUUCAUUAGGCACCAAAUGGAAGUCAACAAACUGAAACAACGUGGGCCUACCUAGGCUGUUUGUCCAAUAGGAAAGGCACAUUUUCUUUUUCCGUUGCAAAUCGAUUUGAAACGUUUUCUGUUUUUGUGCCCUAAUGAACACGACCCAGUUCACAGCAGGUGCUGCACAGAUCUUUAUACUACCUGCAUAGCCGGAGAGUAAAAUGAACAGCCAGAUUCAAAUUGCUUUCAUAUGAAGGACUGAAGGAGUUGCGCGCUUGACACUAGUAAUUCAAUGUCUGAGGAAGGUGGAGUGUGGUCCCAAACGUUAGAUUCCUUUUAUCAAAACGUUUUUGACCGUGUUUUGAUUAUACAUUUUUUUUCCUAAGGGAUUUCACAAUUGUUUGUGUCUUUUGUAAAUGUAAAACUACAGCUUGCAUAAUUUUAAUCAGUUCUUGGGUUACUGCUUUUGGUUCCGUUGCCAAAGUGAUAGCACUUAAUAACCCAUAAAGUAGUAUGAACAAAACUCCAUGUUAACAUCAUCAAAUUACUCAUGAAAAUAAUCAUCAAAUAACUAGCCAUCAUAGUGUACUACUCCCAUUUAUUAAAUGUCUUUUUUGGGUACACAUGCUGUGAGAAUUGGGACAUUUGCAGUGUUACACUUGAAACAUUGCUGCUACACUGUAAUGAAAAACUGUAAAGUAAUCAAAGGUAUUAUCAACAUUAAAAUACUCAAACGUUUUACAGCUACAUACUGUACAUUAUGGCUCAUUGUGGGAAAAUGUUAUGGGCUAGGAAAGAAUUGCUGUAUUUCGAAUGUUACUGUAAUUUCACCACACAGAAUACAGUACCGUACCAUAUCUUUGGCCCACCAAAACCCCUUUAUUUUUGAUUUUUUUUCAAACCUUUAACUAGGCAAGUCGGUUAAGAACAGAUUCUUAUUUAUAAUGACGGCCUACCCCGGCCAAGCCUGAACCGGACGACCCUGGGCCAAUUGUGCGCCGCCCUAUGGGACUCCCAAUCACGACUGGUUGUGAUACAGCCUGGAAUUGAACCAGGGUCUGUAGUGACGCCUCUAGCGCUGACAUUCAGUGCCUUAGACCACUGCGCCACUCGGCAGCCCUCGACCACUAGUGGGGGCAUGGUAUUGUUGUUUCUGGCUCGUUCAAAUAUUUUGAGGAAUGCCUUGUAAGAGGCUUUAUUUGUUGCACCUGUGAGCAAGAGUGCUCUAUCACUUUAACUCCUAUGUGGUUAUAGUGCCCCAUCAAUAGAACUCCCCAUGUUGUAGUCCUAAAAACUGAAAAUGAGUUACUGCCAUCCCUAUGGGGGAAAUGAAUGGGGUUUUGGGAUAAGGUCUGACGUUAACACAGGCUUCGGAGAUCUUAUAUGUUUUAAUCUAUGAGAUAUCAGUCAGGUACCAUAACCUAUGUGCUUUCAUGCUUGUUUUGAUUACAGAAAUGCUUAAAAAUUCACGGUGACGUUACGCGAUUAAGAAUAUCUCAUAGAACAAAACGUGUAAGGACGUAAACCUGUGUUUACCACAGACCUUUUAUUUUCAGCGUUUAUCCAAAACCACUACAAAAACCUGAUUAAUUUCCCGAAAGACUUUGGUCAACGAGCCAUGGCGGAGUUGGUGCCUACAAAAAGACGCCAUUACUAUUGCUCGCUAUUUAAAUGCUAUAGGGGACAGAAUGGAGUGGCACAAAAAUGGUUAAGCAUUGUAUCUUCAUGUCCUUUAGGGCUGUUUUGCCCUGUAGUUCCGGCCAGUUUAAAAGCCUUUGUUGGCCCCUAGAAGUGUGCGUGAUAUAAAACACCCAAAUAUUCAUUAAUAUGAUGUAAUGUGUAAACACUUCAUCUAGCAACCACCCGCUUGCACCAAUUCUUUGUAAUUACCGUAAACUACUGUGAAAUACCAACCCCUCCCCUCAAUCAUCCAUUCAUUCAGAUUACGGUAGUAUUUUUAUUUAUUUUAUUUUAUAAUAGUACAUUUUAAGGUAUUGUACUCUGUCAUUACACGGUACUUUUAUACCGUAUUUAUAUUACUGUAGGUGUACUGGAAUAUGAAAUACAGAUUUUUUUUUACCUGCCACUGAGCUGCCUGUAACUGUCAAAUUCACAGCAACCCCUUUUACAGUGUAGCAAAUUACAGGGCUUUGUAGCACGGUACCAGAACCACGCUCAUGGUGGGGGAUGGAGUUGUCAUUAUUGAAAUUGUCAGUAUACAACUUUUUGUAUGUUGUAGUCGAUAAUGUGUUUAAAUAGCUGAAGACUGAUGUAAUGUUUUAUUACAGGGUUCAAUCUUAAACAAUAAUUGUAUGCAGUUGUUGCAAGGAUGCACACGUAAGUAGAGAACUGAUUGUUGAUAUAUCAUGUAACAAUAGAACGUAAUAGACACAAGACCCCAGUCUCUAAUUGAUAUGAUGCUGCCAUUGAAACAAGGGGGAAUGGUAUGGUACUUUCAAAUUAUGUACUCCAGGGGGCACUACAGUUUUAGAAAACGCAGGUUAUCCUUCAUUUGGUCAUCUACACAAUUUAUUUUAAUCAUGGAUAAUACAACAUGUUAUGCUGUUAACAGUGUGUGUGUUUGGGGUCCCUAUUUCCAUUACUUCACUGCACAAACCCUCUACUUUCUAAAAUAAAAUAUAAUCUACAGUGAGAUGUAAACCAAGAUUAUCUGCAAUGUUUUGUAUUUAUCUGCCGAACAACUAACUUUCGUUCAUAUUGAAAUAAAUCGUUUUUAUAGCUUU